GUCUAUAAUUUGUCAAAAGAAACACUGGACGAACCUACAAUGAAAGUAUUGUCGAAAGGCUUGAAUUUUGCUAUAACGCCGCAAAAAAUCCCGUACGAGGAAAUUAUCUGUAGUGUUGAGGAUUGUCUGUUUAAGAAUAAUAUCGGUAAAGAGGAUUUAGAGGCUAUACGUCAAGACAUUUUGUCCUUGUUACGUCGAAGUUCAGCGCCGAAAUUAAACCUCCCCAAAGACGAAUUUAAAGCGUUGUACAACUUACGCAACAGACCAGAGCUCACGAUUCUCCGCGCGGAUAAAGGAAAUGCUACGGUAAUAAUGGACACGUCAGAGUAUAAUUUCAAAAUACAACAACUUUUAUCGGACAUCUCGACGUGAAUUCGACAAUACAAUCAUGUGCCAAACCACCGAGGUUGUAUGGGUUACCGAAAAUACACAAACCAAACGCUCCACUACGUCCUAUAGUAAGCCAGAUCGAUUCACCAACUUAUAAGUUGGCUCAACACUUGGCUAAAAUACUGUCACCACUAAGAGGACAUACCAGAGCACACACAAAGGAUUCAUACCAUUUUGUUAGUGAGAUUAAAGACCUACAUCUCGCUGACAAUGAAACUAUGGUCAGUUUUGAUGUUCAGUCACUAUUCACAUGCCUACCUAUUGAAGACUGCAUCUCAAUUGUUACUAGAAAGCUAGAAGAUAACAACAUGCCUACGGAAUAUGCAGUAUUACUCAAACACUGCCUCACAUCUGGCUAUUUAUUGUGGAAAGAAGAGUUCUACAUGCAAGUAGACGGAGUGGCAAUGGGCUCACCUGUAUCUCCCGUAGUCGCCGACAUAUUCAUGGAGGACUUUGAGGAGAAAGCCCUUCUUACUGCUCCUGUAAAUCCAAGAUUCUACAAGCGGUACGUAGACGAUACUUUCACAAUUUUACCAUCUGACAAAGUAACUGCAUUUUUAAACCACCUUAAUUCCAUAAACCCUAAAAUACAAUUCACAAUGGAGUUAGAGGCAAACAAUACUUUAGCUUUCUUAGAUGUUUUAGUCAUCCGAAAUCCUGAUAACACUAUUGGUCAUACUGUGUACAGAAAAAAUACCCAUACCAACCGAUAUCUAAAUGGUGAAUCUCACCAUCAUCCUUCACAGUUAGCUACCGUGGGAAAAUCUUUGUUUCAGAGAGCACGAGGGAUCUGUGACAGAAAACAUCUGGCCGCCGAGCUUCAGCACGUCGAGCAAGUACUGCAAGACAUCAAGCUUCGGUUCCCGCGCCUACGUCACAGUGACCGAGUGAAGCCAGCCAGAGUCGAGCGUGUGCCUGCUGUACUACCCUAUGUCAGAGGAGUCACAGACAAGGUUGGCUACAUCUUGAAGCGAGCUUCCAUUAAAACAUACUUCAAGCCGCUGAAGAAGAUUGGUCAAUUUUUACCAUCCGUCAAGUGUCAUAUCCCUCUACAAGAUGCAGGAGUGUACAAGCUGGAUUGUGAAUGUGGUCUCUCGUACAUAGGACAAACAAAAAGAUCUAUUACAACCCGCGUUAAAGAACAUAUAGCUGACGUGAAGCACCGACGUAUCGGGAAGUCUGCAGUUUGUGAACAUGUUCAAGAUCGUCCCCGCCAUUACAUUAGAUUUGAUAGACCACAAAUCCUCGCAAAAGAACACCGAUUCCUCCCAAGGAUGAUUCGCGAGGCUAUUGAAAUUAAAAAACAUCCUAAUUUCAAUAGAGAAGAUGGAUGGGUACUGCCAUCUGCUUGGGAUCCCAUAAUUAAUAAAAUCAAAUCCAAACCCAAGUAUACCACUGCUAGACUUCAAGAUACCGUAAGCUCAUUCUGCGUAAAUCGGACCAAAAAUUAAUAUUAAAAAACUGAAGGUAGCCGGGCUAACUAUGACAGCAGGACGUCAAACACCUCAGUCCCCCGUGACCACGGGUGCUGGAAAGCACCCGAAACGUCGGGAAUAUAAAAAUAGAUUAAUAUACGCGAUAAAAUCCGUAAAAUUAAUUUUAAUUAAAAAUGUGUAAUGUUCGCGUAAAUAUAAGAAGUCUUAGAGAAUUCAAAAAAAAUCUUUGACAAACUCACAUAGAGACACAGACACCGAGGUGACUCUAAAAGUGAACGAAUUUUGCUAAAUUUGCCACGGAAUAGCAUCUACUGAUGUUUUUAAAUUAAAGACGGUUAAAAAGCUAAUAUAUUUAUAUAUUAAAAUAUUAUUAUUUUUUCGUGUUUUCUUUUUGCUUAACGUACCUUGCUCCAAUAAUGAAUCAGAGACAAACUCAGAUUUUACCACAUAACUCUUACAUCAGCCGUGAGUAUAUAUGGACUAUAGUGUGAGUCUGUCUUUCUUAUUUGCUUUGUUCCAAAAUCUGAGGUUGUCUCUGGUUCAUUAUUGGAGCAAGGGACGUUAAGCAAAAAGAAAACACGAAAAAUAAUAAUAUUUUAAUCAGCUACUUCCAUAGCAUAAUGUCGUAUGGUAUUUUGCUAUGGGGACACGCAGCUGACACUGAAAUUAUAUUUGUUUUGCAAAAGAGGGCCAUAAGAGCAAUUUAUGAUUUAAAGCCUAAAGAGUCGCUGCGACAAAAAUUUAAGGAAAUUAAUAUAUUAACUUUGGCCUCUCAAUACAUUUAUGAAAAUGUAAUGUACGUACACAAAAAUAAAAGUAGUUUUACA